AAGAGUUGUUUAGCGCAAACAAAUACUCCUCUGCAUUACUAUCAAAUACUCCGAAAAGUAAUAGAGAUGUAAUGCAGAGGAGAUAAACCGCCACAAACUUCACUAAUAACUUUUGCAACAAAACAAUACCCGAUGAGUUACAAAAACACUUCAACAAAUUCGUAUUCGUACAUAAAAUCCCGCGCAAAUCGCAAGUGAAAUCAGCAAGUGGAAACAAAGUAUUUAACAAAAAGGAAAAAUUAAACAUCAACUCAACCCUAAACGUGAAAACGGAGACAACAUAAAUUCGACAUUAAUUUGCGAAUAUCAAAAGGAGAAUAUCCCCAACAACCACACAUUAAUCAACAUUAAACAACACAAGGAAUUAUUCAUAUACAACACAGAGAAAUGGCACCAACCACCAUUAAAACAUUAAACGCUCGUCGAAAUAGCCUCACGUCCACCAUACGGUCCCAUAGUGUAACCCGUAGCAUUACACCAACGCCUGAAAAUGAAACAAUGUCGCGACGCAUUCGACGUUUCCAAACAACUCUACCCACUAUUCGAGAAGAAAAUGAAAAUUAUCACCACAAGACCCGUAAAACUAUAACCCACAGAGGAAUUACUCAUCGUCACGUUGCUUGCGGAUUAUGUAAAAAGGAUCACCGGUUAGCCACUUGUACCAUGUACUUGUCGGUUAACAUAUAUAAAAAGUACGAAGUUGUCAUCAAACAUCGAUAUUGUGUUAAUUGUCUAGCCAGGUCCCACAAGACAGAAGAAUGCACAAGUAAGAACCGAUGUUCCACUUGCAAUGGCAAGCACCACACAUCCCUACAUGGACACCCCAGAUUAUACACGGAAAAUGAAGGAAAAAUAGUAGAGAAACCAGUAUCUCAAAAACAUCCAAUAGAGACCCGAUUACCAUCCUUGCUGGCUAAACAAAUGCUAAUACCCACAACAAUUAUCCGAUUGAAAUGCGAUGGUAUGUGGCACAAAGUUCGAGCCCUCUUAAACCCGACCCUCAAAAUAACAAACAUAGCGGCCGAACUUGUAAAAAAAUUGAAACUUCCAAUAACAUACCUCAACACAUAUCGCAUCUGCAACAUACAAAUUGGAUCAAUUAAUGAUGACAAAUUUCGUUCUGAAUGCCACUCGAUAAUCACGCAGCAGUUACCCAAAAAACCUUAUGAGCAGGACUUAAGUGACGAUGUUCAAACACGCUUUGACCAUUUAGUCCUCGCUGACCCACACUUUUAUACCAACAGAGAAAUGAUGAUUGAAAUUGGAGCAGAUGUAUACCCACACAUUAUCCGAAGUGGAUUGUUUACCCCUGAUAAUGGUACAGUGGUAGCACAAAAUACAGCAUUCGGCUGGACCCUCACUGGAACCCUAUGAUAACGAAGUACCCUAAGUAUUAUCAUUCAAUUCACUCUCAUUAAUCACAUUGAAAUAUAUAAAUUAUACCCUACUAAUCCCAUUUUAUUUCGCAGAUACUGCAAGGCGGCCGGCAUGUUUAGCGCAAACAAAUACUCCUCUGCAUUACUAUCAAAUACUCCGAAAAGUAAUAGAGAUGUAAUGCAGAGGAGAUAAACCGCCACAAACUUCACUAAUAACUUUUGCAACAAAACAAUACCCGAUGAGUUACAAAAACACUUCAACAAAUUCGUAUUCGUACAUAAAAUCCCGCGCAAAUCGCAAGUGAAAUCAGCAAGUGGAAACAAAGUAUUUAACAAAAAGGAAAAAUUAAACAUCAACUCAACCCUAAACGUGAAAACGGAGACAACAUAAAUUCGACAUUAAUUUGCGAAUAUCAAAAGGAGAAUAUCCCCAACAACCACACAUUAAUCAACAUUAAACAACACAAGGAAUUAUUCAUAUACAACACAGGUUAUUAUAAUAAAUUUAUACUAACAUUGGAUACUAAUUAAAUAUACAUAAAACAAUUAACAAAUAUUGUAAAAUCACACCCUCACAUAUAUUUGAUGUAUACAUAAAUCGAAAUCAAAUUGAAUAUACUGAAAUUUUGUAAAUUUAAAAAUCGAAAAGACAGUAACUUUUCUUUAACGCAACAUCGGCCCCAACGUCGAUUCAA